AUGUAUGUUAUGAGUUUCGUGCAAUUAAAUUUGGAGAAAACAUGCGUUUAUGAGAAUGAGACUUUGUCAAUGAGUCAAACUUGCUCUAUUGAAGAUGAAAAACAUCACGGUUUUGGUGAGCAAUGUGGUGUGGUAACUGGAACUGAAAUUAAAAUCACAAAGCAUACAGCUCAAACAAACCUUCUCAUAGAUUUCAAUCUUUCAUGCUCUCAUUGGUUUUUUCAAGAAUUUGGACUUACUAUUUUCACAAUUGCCGCAAUAGUUGCUGUACCAAUUAUGUCAAUGUUAGCUGAUAAAUAUGGAAGAAAACCGAUUAUUGUGUUUUCUGCAAUUUUGGCUUUUUUGGCUAAUUUAGCAGCUUCUUUCAGUCCAAAUUAUGCUGUUUUCUUAUGUUUACGAGCUAUAGUAGGAGCCAGUAGUGAUACCUAUCUCUCCGUUGGAAGUGUUGCUACAUGUGAAUACAUUUCCGAGAAAGCUCGUGCAUGGAUUACUGUAGUCUACAACGUGGCAUGGUCCUUAGGAAUGGUGUGGACUCUUUUAGUCACUUUGAUGACUACUGAUUGGAGAUGGAGAUACUUUAUAGUCGUGUUUCCUGGAAUUUAUGCAUUUUUAUUGUGGUGUUUUCUUCCUGAGUCUCCACACUGGCUAAUUGUGAAAAAUCGAACAGAAAAGUUAAAGAAAUACAUUGAAACGGCAAAUAGAAUCAACAAAAAAACGCCAGACUUCUCGGAAUGUCAACAAAGUUCCUAUCACGAGGAAAAACACGAAUCAUUCAAGGCUCUGUUGGGAAGUAAAAAACUGAUUUGGAUACUUUUCGCAAAUGGAUUUAUCGAAAUGGUCAUUUCCUUAGUCUAUUUUGCCAUUUCAUUUUUGUGCGCUGAGUUGGGAGGGGAUCAUGUCCAGGCAUUUUUAUUCUCUUCAAUUGUUGAAAUUCCAGCUGGCCUCUCGGUAUUACCCUUGAUGAUAUUUAUGGGACGGAAAACCCUUGUCAUCUGGUGCCUGGUUUUUCAAACGUUAGCCUUGAUUGCAGUUACGGUUUUCCUGCAUUCGUAUGAAAUGAAUUUAGCGAUGAUGUUGGUAGCGAAGAUUAUGGCCACAAUCAUCUACUCUGUUCAUCCAAUUUGGGCAAACGAACAGUUUCCAACUUCUGUUAGAUCGCUAUGUUUUUCUCUGAUGAAUGUCCCACAAAGUCUUGGAAUCAUCAUGUCCCCAUACCUAAAGCAUAUUGCCAUGUCUCCCAACUGGCUUCCAUACGUCGUUAUUGCUUUGUUUAGUUUUAUUUCAGCCACACUGGCGUUCAUGUUGAAUGAGACCAAGAACACAAAACUGCCAACUGACGUGGAAAGUCUGACGAAUCCAACUGAAGCUGCUGAUCUAGCCGCCUACUGUUCCAACACUUCAUCAUCCACCGUGUCGAGCAUAUCCAAAAAUAAUACGAAAUCUUCCAAAAAAACAGCAUCUAAUGAGAAUGUAACCAAAAGCUUGGGAACUGUUACUUUCACUAGUGAAUGA